AAGUGCUUUGCUUCAGCGAAUAGUGUUUCAGACUAGCUGCUCUCUGACGACGGCCUUCAUAUUUCCCAAGAUGGCGGAUCUGAACCGGCAACUGCAGGAAUACUUAGCGCAAUCCAAGAGCAGCGGAGGCGGCCCGGCGGCCCUGUCCGUACCGCAGAGCGCACCACGAGAAGAAGCGGAGACUAGCUCGGGCUGGGGGACUUGGCUCGGGCGGAUCAACCCUUUUCCUGCGACGGAAACAUGGUCGCGGGCAGCCGAACCAGAUCCGGAUCCGUGGUUGCCUACCGGACUGUCCCGCUGGCAGCGCCUUGUCGGCAGCACUCUGUGCCUGCUGCUGGCUGUGAUCUGCUUCGGCCUCGCCGCGCUGUAUGGGUCGCUGCUGCUGCUCAGAAAGUUCGCGCUGCUCUGGUCCCUGGGCUCGGCUUUUGCGCUGGGCGCCGCCGGUUUCCUGCGGGGUCCGAGCCGUCUCCUGGGCGAGCCCGAUCGCCGCGGCCUGGCCAUUCUCUACCUAGGCUCGGUGGGUGGAACUCUGUAUGCUGCGCUUGGGCUCCGGAGUACCUUGCUUACCACGCUGGGCGCCGUUGUCCAGUUGGCAGCCGGCGGGACUUACUUGCUGUCCUCCGUGCCUGGUGGAGCUACCGGGCUGCGCUAUGCCGGCGGGUUCCUGAGCGGUUUCAUACGGCGUCGUGUGUCUAAAACUCUCCCGGUGUGAGGACAGCUGUCUAGGCAGGUCCAUUCCAGGAAUUGGGAAAAGAAGACUGAGCGCUGAAGAAGGCGCCUCCUGACCUUCCCCAAGCUAAAACGGAGCACAGGACACGCAUACCUGUCCAAAUCCGACUGUCAGGUUUAUUCCAUGGGCGGUUGUCGCAUAGAGUUUACCAUAUGUUUUGAUUCCAGGACACCAAAGACAAGGGAACAGUUCUCCAGUUUAUUCUGUCUGUGUGAGGCUGUUGCCUCUCUCGGAGGAAACUGAAAAGGGAUACUUGAAUUUUGCUGCAAUAAGGAAACUGUGUGUGAAAGACUUAAUCGAUGAGCAACUAUAUAAGCAAGUGUAACUAGUCAAGGGACAAUGUCUCUUUCUGUGGCUGGCCUGAAGUGCUGGAUGAGGUGCCCUGGGCAAAGACCCUUUGGUGCUCCACCCAUUUUUAGUGCUACAACCCAGUGACCUCCUGAGCAAGCAGCAGCAGGAGUAGAGGUAUGGGAAAACACUAGGCUACAAGGAAAGAACUUUGCUUUAAAUUUCUAGCAGGUGUUCCUGAUUUAAUCUCUCAAGAGCUGCAUUGGGCUCUUGAUUUCCCUCCUUACCACCUACCCUGUGCUUAGAGGGCAGCUGCAGUGAGCAAAUGCAGAAGAUGGAAUUUUAAUCCCUUGCCAAUUGAUGCCUUUGAUUGGAGUGAUGCUACAUUAAGUGUACUGGGGGAAGAAAGAAGUAUUUUUUGCUGCAGCUGCUAGGCUGUUCCCUCAGUGUCAGGUGGCACAGAAUUUCAUACAGUGUACAAGUGGGUGUCACCAGCAGUCAGUGGCAAUUGACCAUUGUUGGAUGACUCUGUUUGUUGAUCUCAGCUUUACUAUUGCAACUCUUUAAGAAUUUAAAUGAGAAACCAUCAUUUUACAUCUCUUCAGAUUUUCAAAAGCCAGAGCAAUAACAGCAUGUUUCUAAACAUCAAGUAAUUGUAAUUUACUGGCAUAUAGCCAGUAGCAUCAUUCCCACUUGUGCUGGUCUCUUGCCUUAUUAAAAAUCAACAUUACAGCAGUUCUGUUCAGAGCAGGCAUACCAAAUUAUUGCUUAAGCUGACAUCUAACACUUCUUUUCAAGCAAUGAUUGUCUAAAUAUUCAAACUUUUUUGACAUGACUGUUAAAAAUUCAUUUCUGUCUGAAUUCAAAGACCCAUAUCAUACGGAUACACAGGACAUAAUUACACUUUCAUUGUGACUUUGGGAAGUCACAAAUCCUGGAAGAAGCUGAGUAGAAUAACUAAGGAUGGAUGCCUGUGCAUGUUUAGAUAGAAAAAAAUCUUUUAAACCCCAGCAUCCCUCCAGCAAGUUAUGCCAACAUGGCAUGCUGGGAAUUGUAGGACUUUUUCUGUCUAAACAUGCAUAAGAUGGCACUCUAAACUCCUUUGGCUCAUGGGACUGUCUGUGGAAAUUAGAUAAAUAGCUUAUGCAUACAUAUAAAACAUGUAAGUCCAUGUGUUGCCCUUAAUUUUCAUAAGCUGUCAGCACUUCUGCAGCAUAGAAGAUAUUAAUGCAUCAUAUAGAUACUGCUGCUACCAGAAACCAUGAGAAGUUGGUUUUGUGUGGUAUUUUGGUAAAAAUCAUUUGAAAAAAACAGUUCAGAAACCUUAUUUAGAUGUGUGCACAGCUGCAGAUAUUACACUUAAACAGAUAAUGUUCCAGAUACACAGUUCUUAUUUCUUAAAGCUAGCCUCUUUAUCAUCUGAAGGUGGUUUAGAGAUCACAGUCCAAUGUUGAACAAACUAGCAGCUGUUGAGAUAUAUUGAUAACAAAUAAUCAUAUGCAUAGAGUUGCCAGUUCAGAAAUAUAUUAUUCAGUAAGGCUUUUUGCUGUUGCAGGAAUACUGGAGCACUUUUGUGAUAGACAAGUGCUGUAUCAAUGUGGGAUAAGAAUGGAAGAACUUGGAUGGAAGAAGCACAUUAGUUUUUUUAAGUGGAUACUUUUGACUACUUGUAAAGAAAACUCAAGAACAGACACAUGUAGAAUGUUCCUCUGCAUGUUUAUGCAAAAGAAGUCUUAAUGACUCUAGUGGGACUUCUAAUAGUGGCUUUAGUCUGUGAUCCACAGAGUAUUAAAACGGUGUGUUUGCAUUGGCCAAGUCUCAGUACAAAUCUCUUUAUUUGACCUAGUCUCAUGACUUGUGCAUGUUAGGUCACAUUGUGAAAUCAGGCCAUGGCAAAUAGUUCUGAAUCAAAAUGGUGCUGAAUAUUUAAUUAUAUAAUAACAAUUGUCCUGCAGUCUUUUAACUGUGCAUUUUAAUAGUGUUAAUUAGUUUAGCAUUUGCAGAGCAGAACUAAAAUAAUAUUGCACUACUUAGAAGUAAGAUCUAUUACGUUCAAUAGGGUUUAUUCCUGGGUAAUAUGGAAUUGUAGCCUAAACAUACAAUAAUAUUAUUUUUUAACUAUGGCUACCAAACUAGAUGAAAUAAUUCUUGCUCGGUUCCUAAUCUGUAAUUUGGCUUUUGAUAGAAAAUAUUCAACUUUUGCCAAAUUGCUUUUAAGUCUUGUUAGGAAAGAACUAGUGGGACAUCACUUUCAGAAAUGAAACUGAGUUUAAUUACUUGUUUAAAUGAAUUUUUAUUUUUCCCCCUGACAUUUGGUAACUUUUCCAUGUUCAGCCAGAAGUAUAAUUCCCUUACAUUAACAAGAACUGUGCUAUAUUCCCAUGUGUAAGGGGUGGCUUUGUGUACGAUUGUCAGCGUUUAGGAAUCCACCACAAUUUAAAACUUUUUCCAGAGGGGUGAACUUUUGUAUUUUUGUAUUAGUGGCUACUUGUUAGUAAGGGAUCUGAAAGAUGUUAGAAUGUUGUUACCUUAUUGCUGAUAAUUUUAAUUCAGCUGUGACCAAAAUUACCACUAAAAUUGAUUUAGUGGUAAUUUUUCCUGGGAAGAAGCAGGUAUUCCAACAGCUAGCUCAUCUCUUUUCAUGGUUAAGGAGGAGCCAUUGUUACCUCUACAGUGGCUCUACCUAAAAAGUUUUCAGGGAUUUUACUAUUACCUGGGGACAAUGCUUACAGAGAUUUAACAGAACUUAAAGCAGAAAAACUCCAGAAAGAAUUUUUCCUCUAAAGCUUGGAUACGUUUUAGUAUCAAGGGGGAAUGGAGAAAUAAGUAGAAAUUGAAAACAUUGGCUGUUUUGCUUUGAAUUGACUUAUUUUAUGGAGAUGUGUGAUGUGUUAUUUUGUUAAUAAACUUUUGAUUAAUUAGAAGCAUAAAAUCAAAA